CGUGGGGCCGGCCCCGCCAUAUUGGAUGGGCAAAUGGUGGACACGAUAGGCGAACGCGCUGGCGGCCCCAGCUGUCACACAGCCCUGGGCUUCUUUUUAUUUGCAGAGAUGCGUCGAAUUAGUUCUGUUAACAUCCACAACAACUUCGCUUGGAUGAGGACACAACUAACAAAGAAUGAAUGUGAAGAGGAUGAGCCUUCAAAAGAAGAGACUUCAAGUUUGAAGGAAAAAUCCAUAGGAAACAAGAAGUCUAAUAGAUUUCAUCCAUAUUUAAAAGAGAAGACAACAAAUGGAGACAAGAAGGGUUAUAAUCGUAACCGAGUGUUUAUUAGCAACAUUCCGUAUGAUACAAAGUGGCAAGUGAUUAAAGACCUUAUGCGAGAAAAAGUUGGUGAUGUUAUAUACGUGGAACUCUUUAAGGAUGCUGAAGGAAAGUCAAGGGGUUGUGGUGUUGUGGAAUUCAAAACUGAAGAUUUAGUUUCAAAAGCUCUAGAUGUUAUGAACAAAUAUGAUCUUGGUGGAAGACCACUUAAUAUAAAAGAGGAUGCUGAUGGAGAGCAUGCCCGGAGGGCAAUGCAGCGUGCUGGUGGUGGUUCGUACCCUGGUGGACCUGGGCCAGACAUGGGUUCACCAAUUGUUAAUUUGCCACCAAAUCUGGUCAACAACCCAAAUAUCCCCCCUGAGGUCCUCUCUGCUCUGCAGGCUGGAAGACUUUUACCAACUGUAUUUGUUGCUAAUCUUGACUUCAAAGUGGGUUGGAAAAAGCUGAAAGAAGUAUUUUCCAUGGCUGGGACAGUAAAACGUGCAGAUAUCAAAGAAGACAAGGAUGGCAAGAGUCGUGGAAUAGGAACUGUGAUAUUUGAACAGCCUCUUGAAGCUGUUCAAGCUAUCUCUAUGUUCAAUGGACAGCUUUUGUUUGACCGACCAAUGCAUGUGAAAAUGGAUGAUAGGUCUGUUCCACAUGAUGACUUUCGUUCCAUGGAUAACAAGACACCACAGUUACCUCGUGGACUUGGAGGUAUUGGAAUGGGACUUGGACCUGGUGGCCAGCCGAUAGCUGCAAAUCAAAUGAAUAUGAACAGUGCAAUGGGAAAUAUGGGAUCUGGAGGAAUUGGAAUGGAUGGGCCAGCCUUUGGGGGAAUGAACAGAAUGGGUGGAGGAAUGAGUGGUCCCAGUGGUUUCAGCAGUGGAAUGGACGUAAUGAACAACAUGGGAGGAUAUGGUGGUGGAAACAUGGGAGGCAUGGGAAAUAUGGGUCGAAUGCCAGGUAUGGGUACCAUGGAUGACUUCAGAGGAAAUAUGCCUGCCGGAAUGGGAAACAUGGGAGGAAUGGGCGGAAAUAUGGGAGGAAUGGGCAGCAACAUGAGUGCCAUUGGAGGGAUGGGCAACAGCGUAGGUGGAAUGGGAAGCAAUAUAGGAGAUAUGUACCGUGCAGGAAUGGGGUCAACUGGAAUGGGAGGCAGUUUCGAUCGUGAAUUUGGAAGAAGUGACAUGGGAAUGAAUCGUGGCUUUGGGGACUCGUUUGGAGGAAUGGGAGGUGCGAUGGGUGGAGGUCUUGGAGGAAGCAUGGGAGGUGGAAUGGGUACCACUGGCAUGGGCCCUAUGGCAUCUGGAUUGGGUGGUGGAAUGCCUGCUAUGAAUAGUAUGGCAGGAGGCAUGGCAAUGGGUAUGGAUCGCAUGGGUUCCAGUCUUGAUCGAAUGGGAACUGGAAUGGGAGUAGGACUUGACAGGAGCAUGGAUAUGGAUCGUGGAUAUGGAAGCUUGAACACUGGAUCGAUGGGAAGUGGAUUAAGAGAUCGUGGAAGUGGCUUUCGAGGCUGUCAGAUUUUUGCAAGAAAUCUUCCAUACGAUCUAACAUGGCAGAAACUAAAGGAAAAGUUCAGUCAGUGUGGUCAUGUAAUGUUUGCUGAAAUAAAAAUGGAAAAUGGCAAGUCCAAGGGUUGCGGAACCGUGCGUUUUGAUUCCCCAGAAGCAGCGGAGAAAGCCUGCAGAAUGAUGAAUGGCACGAAGAUUAGCGGGAGGGAGAUAGAUGUGCGCAUGGAUCGUAACGCAUGAAUGAAAACCAUGUGAUGUACAGAAAAAUACAGCAUGUCUGAUUAGCUUUAUUGUUCUGCUUUUUGUUUUGUACCGAAAUGAUUUCCAACAUCUUAGUGGAAGCUCAUCUGUUCUGUGAGCUAUAAUGUAAUUUUAAAGAUUGCCAACCUUUGUAAUUGAAUAUUGAGACUGUUGUAUGUUUACGUAAUUUCUGUUAUCAAUGUCUGAUUUUUUUUUUAUAUAUAUAUAUAAUAUAGACAACACAUCGCUGGUCACUUCUGGUUGAAUGGAUAAACUGUUUUUAAUAAAAUGUUGUCUGACUUAAAUUGUUA